AUGAGUAAUCAACUUGAUAAUUUAGAAUUUCAUAACAAUAGAACAUUCUUUGAUGGAGUGACUGGUAAUAUCAAUGGAGGUACACAACAGUUUUGGAAUGAUAUACAAGGCCAAGGUGAAGGCGUAUUCAAUAAGUUAAAGACUACUGUUGGUAUAGGUGGUCCUCAAAAAGAUCCUACAUUCUAUGAAGAAGUACAACAACAAUCAAGUUUUACAUAUGUUCAGAGAUUAACAGUAUUUUUAGUAUUAAUGGCAAUUGGUGUUGGAUUUAUAAUUAUGUCAACAUUCUUUAUAUUUGCACCAAAGACAUUUGCAAAGUUUUAUACAAUUGGUAGUUUAUGUGUUAUCAUUGGAUUGGUAUUUUUGGUUGGUCUAAAGAAACAAUAUCAAAAUAUUAUAUCGUCAAAGGAAAGACUAUACUCUACACUUAUUUAUCUAUCUUCUAUAUUUGGAACUUUAUAUUGUGCUUUGGGUUUAAAAUCAACUAUAUUGACAAUGUUUUUGGUUAUUUGUCAAUUCAUUUCAGUGGUUUGGUACUCUUUAUCUUAUAUUCCAUUUGGACAAGCUAUGUUAUCAAGUAUAACAACAAAAUUAUUUGGUUUAUCACGGAGAAGAUAUAAUGUAAUACAACCAAAAUAA